GGGAGGAGCUUACCAGACACUCCCACUGGCUAUAAAAAUCAAACCAACUGAAGCACUCCAGCAGAAAGCACACGUGUAUGUGUAUAGCUGGAAAAGGAAAUUCUAAACUGCAAAAAGGACAGACACACACAUUUGUAGUAUACUGGGAUUAUUUAACCACUAAAAAGGAUAAAGAGGUUCACUUAUUAAUCAUGUGCACUCAAAUUAAACUGAAAUUAUAGAACACUGGGUUUGCCUUUAAAAAAAACCCCAAAAAACCACACAACACGGUACCACAUACUGGUGUAUUUAUUAAACAUAUUGUAUAUGCAAGGGGUUCUAGUUUAGAAAGAUAAAGAUGUCCUUUGCGAUGCUGCGCUCUGCCCCCGGCAGGUUCCUCUACUCUGAGAUCAGCAUGCUCUCCGAGGACGAGGACGGUGGCAGCGAGAGCUCGGGCUCCGACGACAAGUCCUUCCUGCUGGAGGGCCCUGGCUACGAGAUCAAGGUGGGAGGCAAACGGAAAUCAGGCAACCGGAGGGUCACCCAGCAGAUUGUAGUGGGAGAAACGCGGCAGAGGAACGCGGCAAACGCCCGUGAGCGAGACCGCACCAACAGCGUGAACACGGCCUUCACUGCGCUCAGGACCAUGAUCCCCACAGAGCCCGCCGACCGCAAGCUCUCCAAGAUCGAGACCCUGCGCCUGGCCUCCAGCUACAUCUCUCACCUGGGCAACGUGCUGCUGGUGGGGGAGGCGUGCGGAGACGGGCAGCCCUGCCACACAACCUCCUCAUACUACCAGCACAGCAGCCCCGGCAGGGACAGCGAUGGCUCCCAGCCCAAACACAUCUGCACCUUCUGUCUCAGCAACCAGAGGAAAAUGAGCAAAGAUAGAGACAGAAAAACAGCCUUACGAAGUUAAUAGUAAACAGUAAAACAAAUUAAGAAAAUAAUGAUCACAUGACAAAAACUUGUGUAUGUGAACUGAUAAUAAUAAUAAUAAUAAUAAUAAUAAUAAUAAUAAUAAUAAU